AUGUCGACACCAACUUUCAAGAAGUGUCGACGCCUGAUGGUUUGGAUGGCCAUCAAAUUCGGAGAGCGACUGGUCUGGAGUUCAACAGCGAAGACGAUAAAUAGCAAGGUGUUCAUCGGCAUCGUAAAGGAUGCUUUCGGUUACAACGGCAUUCAUAGACGUCGAAUGGACACUGUAAUGUUGCAGGAUAAUGCCCCUAUCCACCGCUCAAUCGAGGUAUGAUUCCAAUUAAGCUUACGACUAUAAUGCAAUACUGUAGGGCGCAGCCAGCCUCUCCGCGAGCGGUCUUUGA